ACUCCGAUACAGUAGGUGGCGGUAUGCACCUGAUAAGUCAUGGUUGCAAUCCGCCAUAAAACUAAGAAGAAGAAGAAGAAGCUGGACGGCUAACCGGUGGUCAUCAACAUGACGCUCAUAUUGUGAUACUAAGCAGAAAUGAAGGAACAGACGGGGCUGAAUGGGAUAGACGGCAGGCCUUUACCUGGAGCCACAUGAACCAAGAUGCCCCAGAACACCCUCAAGAGCACUCAUUACAUUGAGCUGGGCAGUUAUCAGUACUGGCCUGUGCUGGUGCCCAGAGGAAUCCGAUUAUACACCUAUGAACAGAUCCCAGUGUUUCUGAAGGAGAAUCCGUACAUCACAGACGGAUACAGAGCACACCUGCCAUCCAAACUGUGCCUCAGAAGCAUAUUCAUUCUGUCCAACGAGACGGUGAACAUCUGGAGUCAUCUGCUUGGGUUCCUGCUGUUCUUCUCGCUGGGAGUGAAUGAUAUGGCCACAGUUCUGCCGUCUGCGGGGGCGUCACGAGAGGACUAUGUCAUUUAUUCAAUAGGACUGUUUUGUUUUCAGGUUUGCAUGCUGUGCUCUGUGGGCUAUCACUUGUUCUGCUGUCAUCGCUCGGAGAAGACGUGUCGCCGCUGGCUUGCUCUGGACUAUGCUGGAAUAUCCGUGGGGAUUUUGGGAUGUUAUGUGCCUGGAGUCUUCUAUGCCUUCUACUGCAACAGUUUUUGGAGGCAGGUGUACCUGCUGACGGUGCUGGCGCUCAUCUUGGCUGUGUUUGCGGCUCAGAUUCAUCCGCUCUACCUCACACAGCAGUGGAAGAAACUGCGCUCUGUCAUGUUCUGCUCUGUGGCCGGAUACGGCAUCAUCCCUGCCUGCCACUGGGUCUGGAUCAAUGGAGGAUUUGACUCUGAAAUCGUAAAGGUGUUUUUUCCUCGAGUCAUGAUCAUGUAUUUGAUUGCCGCCUCAGCAUUCCUUUUCUACGUCAGUAAAAUCCCAGAACGAUACUUUCCAGGCCAGCUGAACUAUCUUGGAGCCAGUCACCAGCUCUGGCAUGUGCUGGUGGUGGUCAUGUUGAGUAAAUGA